UUCGCUCUCAAUCAAAUCGGAAAAAUCGUAGGUUUUCUUCGAUUUAAGCACCAAAACUGAUCAAAUAUCGAUAGAUCAACGUUUCUGAAGCAUUUUAUGUUAAUUUCUCAAGCGGGAUGGCGAUUUUAAAGCGAAAAACGACUGAAUUUUUGGUAUAAUUUUGACGUUUACUGUCAGUGCGGGAUAGUGGCGGAGACAGACAGGGCCUGUUUGAAAUGCGGCCUUACCCGCAUUGAAAAGGCUUACUGGACUUUGAGGCAACAGAAAUGGGAAAGCUUUGGAUGACACUCUAAAAACUGGAGAUUUGGAGGUUGGAGAGGCUGGAGAAACAUCAAUUAGUUGUUUUGGCACUGGAUAUUUAAAAUCAAAAUUAGUGGAUUUUGGAAAAACUAGCAACAAGCACAAGUGUACAUACGUAUAUACAAGGGAUUCCAAAGGCGUGAAAUCUUUGUUACCUGCAACGAUUACAACUAUCUGGCAACGCUUAUGUGAUCCAGAUUGUCUGGAUUUUUGGCGAUCAUAGCCGAAGCAGAUUGUUGCGCCAACGAGCGUCCGCGAAUCCAUUCAGUGUGCACUGUUCUGUACCAGUGUUCUGUCAUGAAGUAUGUUCCAUGUGUUAAAGUGCGGAUCUCGUGUAUAAGUGUGGCGUAAAAGUUUCGUUUUUCUGUCGAAUGCCCAGAGGCACAACUACAAGGUGGUCUCUGAAACAAUGGUAGAAACAGUGCUGUCCAGUGAAAUCACGCGCAGCCAGCAUGAAGAAGUCAAAAUUGCACACGAAAACGCAGCAUUCAUAUCAGUAUCUGGAAAAGCCCAGAGCUAAACGUCGUCACGGGGUAUUCGAAUCAAUAGCCAAUUCCUUAAAGACAGUUUUGUGGCCGGCUGUAAACGAAUUUAGUGCAGCUCCCGCGAGAAGUUGGAUCGAGGCAACUUUCCACAAGAGAGAAUGUUCCAAGUUCAAGCCGACAGCUAAAGACGAAUCAAAAUGUUGUUGUGGACGCACUUAUAUGCAGCACAAAUUUCUGGUCGAUACCAACUCGAUGCCAGCAGGGGAAAUUUGGUACCCGAGCAGAUGUACCGUGGCCAAUCCAACAGAUGCUUAUGGUACUUUGGAGUUCCAAGGUGGUCCUCACCCAUCCAAAGCCCAAUACAUCCGGGUGGCGCACGACACAAAGCCCGACCAUCUGAUGCAGCUGAUUACUCGCGAAUGGGGCCUGGAACUGCCCAAACUGCUGAUUUCGAUCCAAGGAGGAAAAGCCAACUUCGAGUUACAGCCAAAGCUAAAAAAGGUGCUGCGCAAAGGGCUUCUGAAAGCUGCAAGGUCCACUGGAGCCUGGAUUUUCACCGGAGGAACCAACACUGGUGUUACGAAACACGUAGGAGACGCUUUAUUGCUGGAAAGAUCUCAAAGAACCGGCAGAGUCAACACCCUGGGAAUCGCUCCAUGGGGAAUUGUGGAAAACAACCAAGAUCUUAUUGGGCACAACACCGAAGUGCCCUAUCAUUCAAUCUCGUCGCCCAGAUCCAAAAACGCAGCAUUAAACAACAGACACGCAUAUUUUCUACUGGUUGAUAAUGGCACCGUUGGAAAAUACGGGGCGGAAAUCAUAUUGAGGAGAAGAUUGGAAAAAUACAUAUCAAAGCAGCGAUUAUAUCCUUUCACCCAAAGUCCGAUUCCAAUAGUCUGUCUGGUCAUCGAAGGUGGCACCAACACCAUAAGAGCAGUUCUGGAAUACGUAACGGAUGAUCCUCCAGUACCCGUUGUGGUGUGUGAUGGUUCGGGUAGAGCGGCCGAUCUCAUAGCGUUUAUGUGCAAGUACGACAGUUCGAUGUUGAAAACUAUGAAAGAGUACAUCAUUGCGACCAUCCAAAGGGCGUUUGAAGUGGCAGCCGAGCUGGCUGAUGGCCUGUUCAGCGAGCUUAUGAUGUGUGUUGAAAAUAAGCACUUGAUUACGAUAUUUAGAAUAGCGGAUAAGUACGAUCAAAAACCACAGGAGCUGGACCAGAUUAUUCUGACGGCGCUGUUCAAGUCGCAGCACUUGUCGCCCACUGAGCAGCUCAGUUUGGCUCUAACCUGGAACAGAGCAGACAUUGCGCGCUCUGAAAUAUUUAUUUACGGUCAGGAAUGGCCACAUGGAGCGCUUGAGGAUGCCAUGAUGAAAGCUCUGGAGCACGACCGAUGCGACUUUGUGAAACUCCUGUUGGAGAACGGAGUUAGCAUGCGCAAAUUCUUGACAAUACCCCGACUAGAGAAUCUCUACAAUUCGAAGCAAGGGCCUAGCAAUACUCUGCGAUACAUUCUUAGGGACGUCCGGCCUCAUAUACCUACUGGAUAUGUUUACACUCUUCAUGAUAUUGGCUUGGUGAUUAACAAACUCAUGGGUGGUGCCUACAGGGCAUUUUACACCAGACGAAAAUUUCGGCCUAUAUAUGCAAAGGUGAUGAACAAGGGUCAGAACAUGACAAUGAAUGCUGCCUCUGCUAGGCAGUUUGGAGCCAUGAGUCUGCUGGCGGGGGCUCUGCCGUCAAACGCUAAUCCUUGUCUGUUCGACUACCCCUUCAACGAGCUCUUGAUUUGGGCUGUAUUGAUGAAGCGUCAUAAAAUGGCUCUAUUAAUGUGGCAGCACGGCGAAGAAGCGCUCGCUAAGGCGCUGGUCGCGUGCAAGUUGUACAAAGCAAUGGCUCACGAAGCAGCUGAAGAUGACAUGGAAACGGAAGUGUAUGAAGAACUGAGAUCGUAUGGGAAGGAAUUUGAAAACAUUGCGCUAGAAGUUCUGGACUAUUGCUAUCGGCAAGACGACGAUCAAACCCAACAGCUCCUAACGUGUGAAUUGCGAAAUUGGUCUGGACAAACGUGCCUCAGUUUGGCGGUGGCCGCAAAUCAUCGCGCCUUAUUGGCGCAUCCGUGUUCGCAAAUUAUAUUGGCCGAUUUGUGGAUGGGUGGACUGCGAACCAGAAAAAACACCAACAUAAAAGUGAUUAUGGGCCUGAUUUGUCCGCCGUAUAUUCUAAAGCUGGAAUUCAAGUCGAAGGAGGAGCUGCAGCUGAUGCCUCAAACUACCGAGGAGCAUUUGGAACUGGAAAACGACGACGAUGAUAAGUCAGAUUCUGAAAAAAAUCCAGAUGCCGAGAAGCGAACGAGAAGCUUGAGUAUAAGAAGCAAGACGCCAAAUCCGACUGGUGUUAAGGCUCUUCUUGCCGAAAACUUCCUGGCCAGAGAUGCGAUUAUCCAUGAAAAUGGAAAAAUUCUCCAUGAUUAUGACAGCGAGAGCAAGUACCACAUGUUCUUCACCGACACUUACUCCGAUAAAAUGCCAAAGCAGCGGGAGUUGCGCAUCAAAAAGAAGUUGUACGAAUUCUUCACCGCACCGAUCACAAAGUUUUGGUCAAAUUCAAUUGCGUACCUGGCAUUUCUGUUCCUGUUCAGUUACACGAUCCUAGUAAAAAUGGGCGACAUGCCUUCAUGGCAAGAAUGGAUGUCGAUAGCUUUCAUAUGUUCGCUUGGCUGCGAGAAAAUCCGCGAGUUGUUCUCGUCUGAACCUGUGGGAGUCACUCAAAAGCUGGCCGUUUGGAGUUGGAACAUGUGGAAUCCGUGCGACAUGGGAGCCGUAGUUUUAUUUUUAAUCGGCGUCACUUUAAGGUUUCGCACGGACACAUUCCAAGAAGGGAGAGUUAUUUACUGUGUAAACAGCAUCUACUGGUACCUAAGAAUACUCAACAUUCUAAGCGUUAACAAGUAUUUAGGUCCCUUGGUAACGAUGAUGGGCAAAAUGGUGAAAAACAUGAUUUACUUCGUGGUGCUGUUGCUGAUUGUUCUAAUGAGUUUCGGAGUCUGUCGGCAGGCGCUCCUCAAUCCAGACGCUUCGCCGCACUGGACAAUUGCCAGAGAUGUUUUCAUGGAACCCUAUUUCAUGCUGUACGGUGAGGUGUAUGCAGACAAGAUUGAUCCAGAAUGCCUCGACGAGUCAUGCCCAUCUGGAAAAUGGAUUUCGCCAGUGAUCAUGUCUGUGUAUCUUUUAGUGGCCAACAUUCUCCUCAUUAAUCUGCUCAUUGCGGUGUUUAACAACAUAUUUAAUGAGGUGAACUCUAUAGCACACCAAGUAUGGAUGUUCCAAAGAUUUACUGUGGUGAUGGAAUAUGAGCAAAAGCCACUACUCCCACCCCCGUUCAUCGUCUUCUGCCACAUUUUUUUGCUAGUUAAAUACAUACGACGCAAAGUGGAAGGCAAAGAGGAGAGCUACGACAAUGGGCUGAAGUUGUUUCUGGACCCAGAUGAAAUGGAAAGGCUGUACGACUUUGAGGAAGACUGUGUAGAGGGCUACUUUGCUGAACAAGAGAACAAACUGCAACAGUCCACUGAGGAAAGAAUCAAAGUCACUACGGAGAGGAUUGAACACCUGACUCAGAAAGUUGAAGAUAUACACACGAAGGAAAAUGUGCAAACAACUGUGCUUCAAAACCUUGAAGUGCGUUGCCGCAAGUUUACCGAUCAACUCACCGACAUCACCAACGAAUUCGAUAUGCUCAAGCAACUCGUUAAUAGGCCGCCAUCCUUUAAUGUGAUUGCAUCUCAACCUGCCCUUGUUGCUCAAGAUUCACGGGAGAGAAGCGUCAGCGAAAAAUCGGACGUCUUCUCAGAGGACGAAUCCUCAGUCAUCGGCCAACUUCUAGCAAAAGUCCAGCCAAUUAAGCGGAAGACUAUAGUUCGAUCGCUGACGGAAGUGAGGCCUGAUGCGUACAUAUUUGAUAAUGGGCAGCACAUCGAGUACAGAUUCGCUGAAGACGAAGAUCAGCAAGGACGGCAUGAGCAGUUGGAUAACAUAUCGGUUGCAGGAAGCAGAUCAAAAUUAAAUCUUCUGCGCCAAAGGACCAAAAGCACCGAGUCCAAAACGUCUCUGGACAGCGACAGGAACUCUUUAGAAAUAUCGGCAGAUGACAUUGCGGCUCUAAGCUUAGAUAUUCUCAGAGCGCGGGCGACGCAGAAGCGAAGAGACAGUGACUCAGUGCGGCGAGGUUCUGAGAGUGGAACAGGGGAAGACACGUCAUCAGUCAGCAAAGCGCCGUUCGGAAGGCGGCAAUUUUCUCAAACGCAAUCCGAACCGGAAUCGUCCGAUUUGCCAGCUUCCGCAUCCGGUCCCAUUGCUCCGCAUCCGUUUGUUACAUUUAACGAGCCAAAAAUCAAGGUGAUUCCACCCAGCGGAAGAGGGAGUCUGCUGAUGCACAUGCACGCAGAAUAUGCGAGCAUUACGGAUGAGUUAGAGACUGUCUGUGGACUGCUCAGUCCGCCUAGAAGUCCUGGUCUGCUGAGUCCGCCUCGGCCAGAACAAUCGCCGCCAAGCGCCCGCAAGAGGAACCCAUCCGAAAUGUCCAACCCGGAGAUAGCGAUCAACUUCGAAAAGGAGCAUCUGCGUAGCGCCGAAGAGUGCGACUACAUGGUAAUGGAGAACUUGAUCCAGAGAAGGUACGAUGAAGAGAUGGAAGAACAUGAGCACGCGGAUGGUGCAGAAGACCUGGGGGAAGGGGGCAGCGGGCCCGGCGGAAAAGGGCCAGCGUUAUUAAGCGUGGUGACCGAAACCAGGGAUUUCAGAGUUAAUUCAUGGCCGGCCAGACAGCAGACGCUGAAAAGGUCGCAAGCUGUAGACAGCGAUCCAGUAUCAACGCACGGCUUAGGUUCUAGUCCUAGUUCGUCGACAGACCGGCAAGAUUCAACAGAAUCAAAAUCUAGUUCUGGCGUCUCUGGCGGUCCUCCGACAUUGAAACGGCCCUCGAUAAUCAUAGAUUCAAGCCAGUUACCUACAAUGCAACGUGAUGUUAAAAAGGCCGACUCGAAAACCAGCCUGCAUAUGCAGUCGGAAACUAUGUGCUAGAAUUCACUAAACUUGAAGAUUAUUUAAUUUUCAUACCAACUCAUUCACAUUUCCAUUUCUGAUUCCGAUUUUUUACACUUUAGAGCUUUCGACAAUGUCUUCCCCUAUCCGUUUUCGUUUUUGGUAAGGCGAAGAUCAACAUGUAUAUAUUUUUCGACAGCAUAUGAGAUGUGAGUUUCCAUACCAGAAGUUCAUUCUCCUAGUAUUUAGCCAGCACCUUCAUUCCUUCUAUCGUCUUUUCGAGACAAUAAUAAAUCACUUUCACAACUACGAAAUUUUUUGAAAUUGAAUAGGAAAGAACGUUUGCUGGGAAACUUUAUAAAAAUAUAUCUAGCAUGUGAUAUUUUCAAUAUUGUAAUUGAUGUUCUUACUUUGGUUUUUGCGUUUACAAUACUGCCAAGAAUCGGAUCGAUGAUUGUAAACCCCUGUACAUUAUCGUUUCUUUUACAGUUACCAGAUGUUCUGAGUAUGUUUAAUUGUUUUAUUGUUCACUUGAAUACGUCCAAAAGGCAUUUCCAUGUGUAUUGUUCAAUUUUAUAGCGUUGUAGUGCUCAAAUUUAGUGCUCAAAAUCUUAAUAGCAAUACUCGUUUGCGUUUAAUCAUUGGUAAAACUUUCAAGUGUGUAUAAAGAUACUAAUUGUGCGGAGUCUGUGUCUAAAUUGGUUUAUAGAAUGCCAUCACAUAUCGACUUUGGCCACAGCCGGACAAGGAAUUUGGAGAUACUUAUAGUACAAUAUGAAAUCAAAACCAUAAUUUGUGCAUUGGCACGAACUCAUAUCACAAAUACACAUAGUAUUUUUUGACAAAUACUUUUUAGUUAGCAGAGAGAGAAUAUUUGGAUUGUAGAAUACGAAAUAAGCCGGUCUAAGUAACAUCCGAUAUACGUGUUAAUUUGUAACUGAAUAAAACACAUUUUAAAAUAUCUAUGGAUUUGAUAUUUCAAGAGUACUUGUUACCAUUGUUAAGGUAAUCCAUAUCCUAAAUUUACCAAUAAAGUACCACUAGCGGUAGUUCAUUUCAGUCAGUUUGUUCCCCAAUACUCUCCAAUUUUCAAAUCCCAAAUUGGCAAAAAAUUAUUAUUCCUACAGCUGAGUUUAAUCAACACAAAUCAUAGAAAACCACUCAACAGUGCCAAAACAGAUUAGAAAGAAGAGGUGCGGCAAUAAGAAACAAAUAUAUUUCAAUCAUAGUUAGUACAAGACAUUACGCAAAAGUGAUCAUUGAAGAAAACGUAUGAGCAUUUGUAGUUUUAACUUAUUAUCUACUCUUAGAUAUAUGCAUCAUGAAUUGUACAAAAGUAUCUCACAAAAGCAUACAAAAAUACUUUGAGUCGGAAAGGACCAACGACUAGCAAUCUGAUCUUGGGGUUUAGAGAAGCAUCAGCCACGUGAAUGUAAAGAAUCGGAUUGAUGAUUGUAAACCCCUGUACAUUCUUGUUUCUUUUACAGUUACCAGAUGUUCUGAGCAUGUUUAAUUGUUUUAUUGUUCACUUGAAUACGUCUAAAAGCAUUUCCAUGUGUAUUGUUCAAUUUUAUAGCGUUGUAGUGCUCAAAUUUAGUGCUCAAAUUUAGUGCUCAAAAUCUUAAUAGCAAUACUCGUUUGCGUUUCAUCAUUGGUAAAACUUUCAAGUGUGUAUAAAGAUACUAAUUGUGCGGAGUCUGUGUCUAAAUUGGUUUAUAGAAUGCCAUCACAUAUCGACUUUGACCACAGCCGGACAAGGAAUUUGGAGAUACUUAUAGUACAAUAUGAAAUCAAAACCAUAAUGUGUGCAUUGGCACGAACUCAUAUCACAAAUACACAUAGUAUUUUUUGACAAAUACUUUUUAGUUAGCAGAGAGAAUAUUUGGAUUGUAGAAUACGAAAUAAUCCGGUCUAAGUAACAUCCGAUAUACGUGUUAAUUUGUAACUGAAUAAAACACAUUUUAAAAUA